ACUUCGUAUUUUUUUGCGGUAGACGAGCAACCGAGAUCGUAGGUACCUGCUCGAUUUGUUAUUGUUUUGUGUUUUUGUUGUCGUUCACCCUGAGACCAAACUAAACCAAUUCUAAACCGUACCCGUCCUGAAAAAUGUACCAAUAAGCAACUCUUUUGUGACAUUGUGGUUGUGUUUUUAACAGAAACCUUUAAGCUGUGGAAUAAUUGUGAUUUUCAUUAAUAAUUUUUGUGUUAUGCGAUUUGAAUGAUGCCACAAACUAUAAUCUAGGGGUUGGAAUUGAGAGUGUACCCCAAAAUGUUGAAUGUGCUCUUUUUGAUUUUGUAUUUUGGAUUGUUAGUCGGUGCUGAAGAUGAAGUUGCCACCAAUAGCUUUGGUAUCGAAACAGAACCUUCUUGCGCGAGCAAUCAAUUCAAAUGCAAAGAUGGCAAAUGUAUACCGAUAAGUUGGCACUGUGACUCCAGCCGGGAUUGCGAUGAUGGGAGUGACGAACCAGAAGACUGCCAGAAGAACCACAAUUGUCGAUCGGAUCAGUUUCAAUGUUCUUUAACCAAGAAGUGUUUACCUACAGGUUGGGUAUGCGACGAAGAAAAAGACUGUGGAGUAUCACCUGAACUUGGUCCCGAUACAUCCGACGAAGAUCCGAAACGUUGCACAAAGGAAGCGAAAUGUAAAUGGAACGAAGCUCUAUGUGGGGAAGGAACAGAAUGUAUACCGAUCGUAAAGUUCUGUGAUGGACAUGGCGACUGUUCGGGAAAUAGCGAUGAAUGGGAUUUCUGCCAAAACUAUACUGAGGCUUGCAACAGAUUACAGUGUUCUUUCGGUUGCAAGCCCACUCCGAAAGGCCCUCAGUGCUACUGUCCUCUUGGAAAGAAGCCUUUGGAUAACAAAUGUGUCGAUGCGGACGAAUGUGAGCUUGAUGAUUCCUGUUCGCAAUCGUGCACCAACACGAUAGGAUCGUACUUGUGUUCAUGCGUGCCUGGGUAUAAACUUAACGGGACCGAUUGUACCGCUAUCAACUUUCCUCCUUCGGAACCACCAUCUUUAAUAUUUUCCACCCAAACUGAAAUUCGAAGAGUGACACUAGAAGGCAAGCCAUUUCCUGGAAAUUCAACGUUGCGUUUACUGAAUAGCAAUGCCCUGGAAUUCAUCCACCGGAACCAUACUGUAUGUUACGUGCAUCAUAAUGUAACGAAGGCUUCGUUUAUGUGUGCUAAUGUAAACGAUUUAAACCAAAGAUGGUCUUUGAACGUUGGAUCUCCACUUCUAGAAGUAGAUUUGGUACAACAAUUGGCACUGGAUUGGAUCACAGAAAACUGGUACUUUAUGGACGAUCAACGGGAGAUCAUACUUGUGUGUACCCAUGACUUGAUGUGGUGUAAUAUUCUUGUUGAGUACGACCUGAGCAAACCAAGAGCAAUUACAUUGGAUCCAACAAGCGGCUACCUGUUUUUCACAAAAUGGGGGCAUUCUUCUCCUAUGCUAGAACGUGUUAACAUGGAUGGUACCGACAGAAGAUCCAUCGUAGAUCAUACAAUUGUUUACCCGUACGGAGUUUCAGUGGAUAUUCCUACCAAGAGAGUCUAUUGGGUGGAUACAUACUUAGAUUAUGUGGAAAGAGUCGAUUAUGACGGGAGAAACCGAAGAACGGUACUAAGAGGUACUAAAGUACAAAAUUUAUAUGGAAUUACCGUGUUCCAAAAUAGUAUAUUUGUGUCUUCCUGGUAUAAUAACAGUAUACUGGAGCUGCAUAAGUUUAAGCAAGAAGAAAAGAGCGUCGUUGUUAAUAUUAGUAGACCUUUUAAUGUAUACGUUUUCCACAGACAGCGCCAACCAGAUGUUGCCCAUCCAUGCAAAACCAUGAACGACUGUGAUCACCUCUGCAUCCCAACAUGGAACGGUGCCAUAGCCAUCAAGAAGUGCAUCUGCGCAACAGGUUACACGCUGACCGACCAAAGAAGAUGCUCGAAAGAAUUGCCUUCAACUUUUUUACUAGUAUCUAAAAGCCGUCCGUUUUCAAUAAGAGGUAUAGAUUUGAAUACCGGGAAUGAAACUAUAGUUCCUAUCAUGAACAUUGGCAGGCCUAAAGGGCUGGAUUUCGACGUAAAAACCAAAAGUAUAUUUUUCGCCGAUGCGCUCAGCUUGACAGUUAACCAAGUACCUGUUACAAAUACCACGGACGUAAAAGUCCUGUUAAAAAACGUAGUUUGUGAUGGCCUUGCUUUCGACUGGAUUUCCAGGAAUAUUUACUGGACAAGCCUGGAGAAAGGAAGUAUUAGCGUUACUAAAUUAGCGAAUACUUCUAUUACGAGAACACUCAUAGAAAGUAGCAAUUACAGUCCUACUUCUAUAGCUGUAGAUCCUUACAAUGGUGUUAUGUAUUGGGCUGAUUGGUCCAGUUUAUCUCCGGAGAAAGGUCGUAUAGAUACGGCUAAUAUGGAUGGUACGAACAAAAGAGCAUUUUUAGUCGAAAAAAUACAUUGGCCCACUGGAUUGGCCAUCGAUUACCAGACAAAGAGGAUAUUUUGGGGCGAUAAGCACCUCAAAAUUAUACAAAGUGUCGACUUUACCGGAAAAGAUCAAAGAACUGAAACUAUAGGUGGAGUGGAUUCUCCAGUUAGCUUGGCUAUCGGUGCAGGAGCUACUAAACAUUUGUAUUUUAUUGAGAUGGCCAAAGGUGCUAUAAUGGCCUACAGGAACGACACGGGAGCCAGAAAAGUUUACGUUGGAAAUAUGCCUAUUUUUGAUAUCAAACUCUUCGAUGAACAAGCGCAUAAAGGAGAUAAUGAUUGUUCUGUGUCAACCUGUCCCGAACUAUGUCUACCACUACCUGAUCAUGGUUCCACGUGCGCAUGCUCCGAUGGAUAUCAGUGGACGAAUGGCAGCUGUAUCAAAGCGGCUAACGUCACAGCGCCCCCUAGCUGUCCUCCAGAAAUGUUUCAAUGUACUCAAAAGAGACACUGCAUUCCUAUUGCGUACCUAUGCGAUACGGUUGACAAUUGUGGAGACGGUUCUGAUGAGUUGCUUGAACCUGGUGGUCCCUGCCAUAAUGUGACCUGUGGAGAAAAUCAACUAAAGUGUGACAAGACCAGUUGUAUCGCAAAACUUUGGGUAUGCGAUGGAGAAAAAGACUGCUUGGAUGGAACUGACGAAAACCCAGAAAUCUGCUCUCAAGUAUGUCCGCCUACAAAAUUCAAAUGCAAAAAGUCCAGAAGGUGUCUUCCUGCCAGCUGGCGUUGUGACAACGUUCACGAUUGUGGAUUCGAUGACCACAGCGAUGAAACUGAUUGCGAAACUUCUCCAUGCGAAAUAAACGAAUUUACAUGCAAAAACGGCCAAUGCAUAGCCUCCAGAUAUUACUGCGACUCAAUUAAAGACUGUGACGAUGGUAGCGACGAGUUCAACUGUGUCACUUGCGAUCCAGCAACUGAAGUCCCGUGUAAACCGAGGGACGAAUGCCUUCCGAAGUCAGUGGUGUGCGAUGGUAAGGUCAACUGUCCUGAUGGAUCGGACGAGAAGGAUUGCGGGCCGAAAAUCGAGUGCGAACCGGAAGAAUUUAAUUGCUCCAAUUUUGAAUGUAUUCCAAAGGAAUUCGUUUGUGACUCGGAUCUUGACUGCAUAGAUGGCUCUGACGAAAUGAACUGUGAUCCUGGCAGAUUGAAGAAUGCUACUAACGCCAAAACCCACAGCUUCGUCUGCGAUUUGCCCGACAAGGCCUGUGAUAACAACACCAAGUGUAUAUCGGCUGUCAAAUUAUGCGACAAUAGACAGGAUUGCGCAGACGGGUCUGACGAAGUCGACAAGAUGUGUCAAUAUCACAACAUGACAAGUUUCCGGCUCUCCUCCUCUUGCGAAUACCCUUCUAGACUGUGUGACAACGGCACGAAGUGCGUCGACGUAGAGAAGUUAUGUGACGAGCGCAAAGACUGCGAGGACGGUUCGGACGAAGGACUAAGGUGUUCCGAUAUGCUCUGCGAACAUAGCAUCAUGUGCUCCCACGACUGUCACAACGCUCCCGAAGGAUUGAUUUGUACCUGUCCGAAAAAUCUUUUGCUUCAACCCGACAAGAUCAACUGCAAGGCUACACAUCCCUGCGAGGCUUUAGGAGCCUGUUCACAACUGUGCAUACCAAGAGGUUCCCGCUACAAAUGCACAUGCGUAGACGGUUACGUCAUCCAAGACGACGGUUUCACCUGUAAAAGUACUGACAAUGCAAGACCGUACGUCAUUUUCAGCAAUCGACACGAGCUUAGAGGUGUGGAUCUCCAUACGUUCGGUCUAAAAUCUUUCAUAGCCAGUUUGAAAAACACCAUAACUUUAGAUUUCUACCACAAAAAUGACACUAACAUGAUCUUUUGGACUGACGUGAUCGAUGAUAAGAUAUAUAGAGGUACUAUCGUUGGUGGAUCGUUAGGAAAUAUUGAAGUGGUUGUACAAACUGGCCUUACUACGGCCGAGGGACUUGCUGUUGAUUGGCUUGGGGAAAACCUAUAUUGGGUGGAAAGCAGCCUGGACCAAAUCGAAGUGGCUAAACUAAACGGCAGUUUCAGACGGACUUUAGUAGCUGGAGACAUGGAAAGUCCCAGAGCAAUCGCAGUGGAUCCUCGAGACGGAUAUCUCUUCUGGACGGACUGGGAUAGACAACUUCCCAGGAUCGAACGCUGUUCCCUGGCUGGUUCGGACCGGAAAGUAGUCGUUAGAAUUGAGUACAACGGCUGGCCGAAUGGUAUCACUUUGGACUACACCACUAGGAGGAUAUAUUGGGUAGAUGCUAGAUCGGAUUCUAUACAUACAUCGAAUUAUGAUGGAGGAGAUGUUCAUGAAAUCAUGAGACAUCCUGAGGUGCUGUCCCAUCCUUUUGCGAUUACGGUCUUUGAGAAUUUUGUUUAUUGGACAGAUUGGCGUACGAACAGCGUAUUUCGAGCUAACAAAUUCACAGGAGGCGACGUCAGAGUGAUACAAAGAACCCUUUCUCAACCUUUCGACAUCAAAAUUUUACACCCCAGCCGACAACCAACAGAUGGCGUUAAUCCUUGUGGAACCAACAACGGUGGAUGCUCUCACUUGUGUUUGAUACACUUCAACAAGACGUAUAAAUGUGACUGUCCCCAUAUCAUGCGACUAAGCGAAGACAACAAGACCUGUGUCGUUAACGAUAAAGUUCUUUUGAUAGCAAAAACUAACGAAAUCAGAGGAGUAGACAUCUUACAACCCUACUAUCAUACUAUACCGACUAUAAGCAUUCCACAAGUUGUUAGUCCUGUUCAAAUUGAAUACCUUUCCCGAAAUCGUACUCUGUACUUUGCAGAUUUUCAUAUCAACGAAAUAAAAAGAACUAGUUUAACACAUGGGCCUUCAGAAACACUGUUAGACACAGGACUACAGAAUCCUUCAGGUCUGGCACUCGAUUGGAUCUCCGAUCUGCUCUAUGUAUCAUCAAAAGUCGGCAUCAUGGCAUCGAACCUUAAAGGGGAGUUUAUAACAAAGAUAGUAGAUAAUAUCAACGUAUUGUCUGUGUGUGUUGAUCCUCCUAGAGGCAACCUAUAUUGGAUAUCUUCGGUAAAUGAUACAGAAUCUGUAGAGACCAGCGCCAUGGAUGGAUCGUCAAGAAAAACCAUCGUUCCUAAUCUUAAGCCCAGUUCGAAGAGCCUGACUCUUGAUAUUAAAUCAUCUAAAUUGUUCUGGGUUAGUGACCUGGAAGUCUACUAUAGUAACCUAGAUGGUAGUGAAGUACAAAAGUUAAACCUGUCGAAACAAGUAUCUGUAUCAGCUAUUACAGUUUACCACGACAAACUUUACUAUGCAGAUGACAACGACCAAUCUGUUCACUCAGUGGAUAAAUUAACAGGAACAAAUGAUUUGAUCCUACGAAACAGCACUGGUGGAGUACUAUCCUUGAGAAUAUACGACCCCAGUGAGCAACAGGGGGCACAUCCUUGCCAGAACAAAAGAUCAGGCUGUCAGCAUUUAUGUAUUCCUACAUCUUCCACAAAAUUUACCUGCAAAUGUGCCACAGGCUACAACCCAGAUCCGAAUAAUUCGUUUAAAUGUAUAGGAAUGGAAGAAUUCUUGUUUUAUUCGAUAAACUGGGAACUUCAGGGGCUAUCUCUAGAUGGGAAAAAUGAUACACAAGUUUUGGGUCCGAUUUCAAGAAUCUCCAGUGCUACAACAAUCGACUUUGUAGCUGCUGAUGAUUUUGUGUUUUGGGCUGAUAGUGAUCACGGAACUGUGAGCAGAGUUAAAAGAGACGGUACUGAUAGAAGUUUUGUUUUAGAGCAACCAGAAAUGCUAGAGAAUAUACUCGUCGACUGGCUAACGGGUAUAGCGAUUGAUUGGAUCGCCAAAAAUAUUUAUUGGUGCGAUUCGAAGAGAGGUACCAUUGAAGUAGCUAGAUUGGAUGGUUCUAAACAAAAUGUUUUAUUUUCGUAUGAAAUAGGGAAACCAAAUUCGUUAGCUGUAGAUCCGAUUAGAGGAUAUUUAGUACGGGCUGGCGGAUCUAAAUUAGAGAUAGCAACUAUGGAUGGACAGAACAGAAGACUCUUAGUUGGCGAUGCUAAAUCUAUUUCUGACGUAGCUUUUGACUCGGACAACGAAUUUGUUUACUUCACUGAUAUACAGGCAAACACCAUCGAAAGAGUGAGCUAUGAUGGGCAAAAGAGAUCUGUAAUGCUUAAUCAGUCGUUAGAAAAUCCUAUAGCUUUAACUGUAUAUAAUAACAAAGUCUACUGGUUGGACACUACGUACGACAGAGGAAGUAUAUCUACAGCUUCUGCUUCUAAUAUGUCAGACUACAAGGUACUGUUAAGUGAUCUUGGAGAUUCCUUGAAAGACAUUCAAAUAUUUUCUAAAAAGAAACAAUCUGGUACUAACCCCUGUGCUAAAAAUAAUGGAGAUUGUGAGCAGUUGUGUUUGUUCAACGGUACUCAUCCAGUGUGCGUCUGUUCUCACGGUAGAAUUACCGCAGAUGGAAAAACUUGUGAACCUUUUGAAAGUUUCGUAAUGUAUUCCAGAGUAAUCAGCAUCGACUCUAUACAAAUGAUAGGAGACAAGAAUCUUCAGAAUUCACCACAGCCAACUAUCAAAAAUAACACUAUGUUAAAGAACGCUAUUGGCUUGUCGUUCAGCUACAAACAUCAACGAUUGUUCUAUUCUGAUAUUCAGAAAGGUUCCAUCAAUGCCGUAUACUUCAACGGCAGUGAUCAUAGAAUCAUAGUGGAACGACAAGGUUCUGUAGAAGGCUUAGCUUACGAACAGGUCUAUAAUUCUCUAUAUUGGACUUGCAAUAACGACGCUACCAUUAAUAGAGUGAACUUGACAGGCCAAAUUAAAAACGCCAGUGCUGUAGAAACGAUAGUGCGCAUGCGGGCUCAAGAUAAACCACGUGGCAUCGCUGUUGACAGUUGUGGCAGUAGAGUAUAUUGGUCCAAUUGGAAUCCGCAGCAACCCACAAUAGAAAGAGCGUUUUUGACAGGCUACGGAAGAGAAAGUAUCAUUAAAACCGAUAUUCGAAUGCCCAAUGCUAUUACUUUAGACCACAAGGCGCAGAAACUGUAUUGGGGUGAUGCACGAUUGGAUAAAAUUGAAAGAUGUGAAUAUGAUGGCACUAAAAGAGUUGUAUUAGCUAAAGUUACACCACAACAUCCUUUUGCUUUGGCAGUUUAUGGUGACUUCAUAUACUGGACCGACUGGAUGCUGCAUGCAGUCAUAAGAGCAGAUAAGUUCACGGGACAGUACAUCGUUUUGCUCAGAAGAGACGUAGCCAGACCUAUGGGUAUAGUCACAGUAGCUAACGAUACGGAGGACUGUUUUUCAAAUCCGUGUUUGAUCCAAAACGGAUUCUGUGAAGAGAUAUGCGGAUUGUCAGCCUCUGGUCAAGUAGAAUGUUCGUGUGAAGAGGGUCGAGUGCUUUCCGAACAAGGCCGAUGUCAUGCCAAAAUUUUGACCAACUGUACAAACGAUGGUGACUCUUUCAGAUGUUCAGAUGGUGGUUGUGUCCCUUUCCAUCUCACUUGCGAUGGGAUACCACAUUGUGCUGAUAGAUCCGACGAAGAACCUGGGUAUUGUGGGUACCGUAGCUGUCCUUUGGGCUGGUUUCCGUGCCAAAAUAAAAUGUGUAUUUCGCUAAACUUGACUUGCAACGGAGUGGAUGAUUGCGGGGAUUCUACUGAUGAACAGAAUUGUUCUUGUCCAGAAGAGACGCAUUUCCGAUGUAAAAAUGGGGAAUGUUUGGAUAUAGCGCACAGGUGCGAUAAUGAACCAGACUGCCAAGAUAAAACUGAUGAAAUUGGAUGUGAAAUGCCGAAUUGUACGGAAAAGCAUGGCAAAGACUUCGUCAAUUGCAAGUUUACUACAACCUGUAUUCAUAAAGACUGGUUUUGUGACGGCGAUGACGAUUGCUGGGACAAUUCUGACGAGCACAAUUGCACAGUUUCGAGACCAAAUUGCGACAAAGAUCAAUUUCAGUGCCUUAAUGGCGCCUGUAUCGACUUGAGAUUAAGAUGUAAUGGAGUAGCUGACUGUUUAGACGACGACAAUAGCGGCAUCGCUCUAGACGAGAUAAGUUGUGGAACUAACAACCAAUGUCGAUACGAUCAGUUCAUGUGCGAGAACGGUUCCACUUGUAUACCUAUAUCGUGGCGUUGCAACGGUAUUCCUGAUUGUUUGGAUCAGAGCGAUGAAGAGAAUUGCCACAAACAUUGCCGUAGCGACCAGUUCCAGUGCACUAACAAUGAAUGUAUUCCGAAAUCAUGGCAAUGCGAUGGGAAUCCAGACUGUAACGAUCAAUCCGAUGAAAGCACGCAUUGUCAAACGACAACUUGUGCUAAAUACGAGUUCAGAUGUAAUGCUACCGGCAGGUGUAUUCCAAUGUCUUGGGUUUGCGAUGGCGAGGCUGAUUGUCCUGAUAAUGCCGAUGAACACAUGUUGCAGGAUUGCAAAUUCGUCAGUUGCAACACCAACCAAUUCCGAUGCUCAGACGGGCAAUGCAUAGGCAAAAUCUACUACUGCGACGGCGACAGAGACUGCACGGAUGGUUCAGACGAACCGCACGAUUGCUUCAAAACCUGUGAGUCGGACGAAUUCCGGUGCGAGAACGACAAGUGCAUUCCCGAAGUCGCCAAAUGCGAUGGAAAAGACGAUUGUGGGGACGGAAGUGACGAAACGUCGUGCGAACCAAAAAGCGAUGACUAUUAUUGCAAAGAAAAGGGAUGGUUCUAUUGCGACAACGGUGUUUGUAUCAACGAAACGCUUUUAUGUAACAGCGAGAAUAACUGUGGUGACUUUUCGGAUGAAAACAAAUGUAGAAUCAACGAGUGCACAGCCUCACCGCCUCCAUGUGCCCAAACAUGUAUCGACAAACCGGUCGGAUACGAAUGCCGGUGUGAGCAAGGCUUUAAAGUAAGCCCGAAAGAUCCCCAUCAUUGUGAAGAUAUCGACGAAUGCGAACAGAAACCUUGCAGCCAGAUCUGCAGGAAUACCAGGGGCUCGUACCAUUGUAGUUGCAACGAAAAUUAUGUUUUGAGUUUUGACAAGCAUUCCUGUAGGGCCAAUUCCAGUGUCAAAGUCAACCUUAUAUUGGCGAAUAGGUACUAUAUUCGAGAGCUUGACCUUAUGGGUCACAGCAGUCUCCUGGCCCACAAUCUAACCAAUGCUGUGGCUUUAGAUUUCGACUGGGCAACCCAGUGCAUUUACUGGUCGGACGUAGCUCAGUUGGGAUCUUCUAUAAAGAGACUCUGUAACUACAAGACAAAUUCCACGGACGUUGAAAUAUUGCAUUCGCCUACUUUGCAAAAUCCUGAUGGCCUGGCGGUUGACUGGAUUGGAAGAAACUUGUAUUGGUGUGAUAAAGGAUUAGAUACCAUCGAAGUGUCCAGUCUAGACGGCAAAUUCCGUCGUGUCCUCCACUCUAAAGGCCUGGAAGAGCCCAGAGCAAUAGCCUUAGAUCCUACAAGAGGAUAUUUAUACUGGUCCGAUUGGGGAUCUCGUGUGCACAUCGGCAAGGCAGGCAUGGAUGGUUCUAAUCCAAGGAUCAUUGUCAAGAACAACUUAGGAUGGCCCAACGCUUUAACCGUAUCGUAUGAGACCAGCGAGAUAUUCUGGGCUGAUGCGAGGGAAGAUUAUAUCGCUGUGGCAGAUUUGGACGGCAAUAACGUCAAAAUUGUAGCUAGCAGAGAGAGGAAUCAAAAAUUGCAGCUUCAUCAUGUAUUUGCUAUUGAUGUGUGGGAAGAUUAUAUUUACUGGACUGACUGGGAGACUAAAACUGUCGAAAGGUGUAACAAGUACAGUGGAGAAGACUGCAAGUCUAUUUUAUCAACAGUUCAUCGUCCUAUGGAUAUCCGUGUCGUCCAUCCCUUCAAGCAGCCUCCUGUUAAGAACAAUCCGUGUUUGACAGCAAAUUGUUCAGCUCUAUGUCUUUUGACGCCAUCUGCACCUUAUUACACCUGCGCAUGCCCAGCCAACUUCAUAUUGGGUAAAGACGGUCGAUCUUGUGUAGCCAACUGUACGACAGUCCACUUCGAAUGUAAAGUGAACUACAAGUGCAUACCCUUCUGGUGGAAAUGCGACACCCAAGAUGAUUGUGGUGAUGGUAGCGACGAACCUCCAGACUGUCCUGUAUUCAAAUGUAUGCCGGGACAAUAUCAGUGCAAGAACGGACAGUGUAUACAUCCUUCCGAUUUGUGUAACGGCAAAAAUGAUUGCGGAGACGGUUCAGAUGAAAACGAUUGUGAGGAUUAUACUUGUCUUAAUACUCAGUUCAGGUGCGAAGGCAACUCAACCAUACCUCCAAGAUGCAUUCCAGCUAAGCAACGCUGCAACAAACAUCCCGACUGUCCAGGAGGAGAUGACGAAGUCAACUGUCCUCCAGUAACUUGUCCUCCAAACCAGUUCAAGUGCGCCAACGACAAAUGUAUACCAGCUGUAUGGGUGUGCGACAAAGACAACGAUUGCGUCGAUAACUCUGAUGAGGAACAAGAUUGUAGUGACAGAACUUGUGGACCGCAACAUUUUAGAUGCAACUCUGGAAGAUGUAUUCCUCAUUCUUGGUUGUGCGACGGAGAUCCAGAUUGUUCCGAAGCUGAAGACGAACCAAAGACUUGUAGCCAUCCAGAUUACCAUACGUGUGAACCUUCCUACUUCAAGUGUAACAAUAAUAAGUGUAUUCCUGGACGUUGGAGGUGCGACUAUGAAGGAGAUUGUGGAGAUGGCUCUGAUGAAGAAGGUUGUGUUCCCCGGAAUUGCUCCGAAUCGGAAUUCAGAUGCAACAAUAUGAAAUGUAUACGAGGGGAUAUGAAAUGUGACGGUGAAUACCAGUGCGAAGAUAAGUCUGAUGAAGCUGACUGUCACGUCCAAUGUAAAAAUAACGAAUUUCAGUGUUCUAAUCCCAGCGUUUGUAUAUUUUUAUCCUGGAAAUGCGACGGCGAAGUCGACUGUCCAGACGGUUCGGACGAAGCGAAUUGCUCCGACACUUGUCCCUACAACUUCAGAUGUAAGAACGGGUUUUGCAUCAACGAGCUAUGGCGAUGCGACGGACAAGAUGAUUGUGGCGACGGAUCAGACGAACAAAACUGUUUCUCGAACGUCUGUCCUGCCGGCAGGUUUAGAUGCAAGAACCACAGGUGUGUUCCGAUCAAUACAUUGUGUGAUGGUAAGAACCAGUGUGGUGAUGGAAGCGACGAGGAUAAGCAUAUUUGCAGAAGGUACGGCCUAUGCCCUCCCACCCAGUUCUCGUGCAAAGAAGGCCAUCGCUGUAUCGACGCCUCCUUGCGCUGCGACGGGUCUGAAGACUGCGAAGACGGCUCAGACGAGCUGGAGUGCGAAACGCCCGCUUGCAAAUGGAACAGCUGCUCCCAGGUGUGCGUCGAGGUCAGGCACAAUCAGACUGUUUGCAAAUGUUUGCCUGGGUACAGGCACACGGACGCUGGUCAGUGCCAGGCGAUGGGUGGGCUAGCAGAGUUGGUGCUGGCCGCGGAGGCUGAAUUGAGAUUGAUGUCGCCGUAUAAGAGUGGAGAUGAUGACAAUAAGCAAAGGAAAACUUUAGCUACAGCUCCAGGUUACAAGGUAGACGCUGUAGACAUCCUUUCAAGUGGGCGACAAGCCAUAGCCUACUGGACGAACCAUCAGUCCAAACGAGUGCAGUCCAUAGUUAUUCACAUAGACAAAGACGGAAGAUCCAACAGAGAUGCGGACGUGGCAAAGACGAUUCUAUCCAAUUUACGCGAUCCUAGAGGUAUUAGUAUCGAUUGGAUUGCGAAAAGAUUGUACAUCACCGACGGAAAUAGGUUGCUGGCGUCCAGCUUGGACGGUAAUUCGUAUUAUACUUUACUAAAGGCCGAUACUCCCAGGGACAUUGUUGUUGCUUCUGAUCACGGCUUAAUGUUUUGGGCGGAUUGGGGUCCAGCAGCCAGAAUCGAAAGGGCCGACAUGGAUGGUCUGAACAGAAGAAUCCUAGUGAGUAACGACAUCUCGUGGCCUACUGGCUUGGCUAUUGACCACGGCACCGAAAGGUUAUAUUGGGCCGAUCCAAAAACGAUGACUAUUGAAAGCGUUUUGUUUGAUGGAACUGAUAGGCACGUCAUCAGACGUUUUGACAAAGAUAUUCGCCCAUUCAAGAUAGAAAUCUUCGAAGAAAACGUUUUCGUUUCCACCCAAAACAAACACGAUAUUUUCAGGAUGAAUAAGUUCGGAAAAGGAAAUAUCACUUAUUUAGUUCAAGGUUUAACCAGAAUCUCCGACAUUCUCAUUUUGCACGAACAUAAGCACAUGAAGAUGAAGAAUACUUGCAAUGACUACUGUCCUGAUAGUGAAUUCUGCUUGUUAAGACCGAGAGAUGCAACUUGCAUUUGUCCUGACGGUUAUGUCAAAGAUAAUUUGACGUGUAAAGCAGCAACUUCCAAACCAAACGACUGUUCCCUCAACUGCCACACUGGCACGUGCAGAAUCAUUCCAGAUCAAGGUCCCAUGUGCAUUUGUCCACCCCAGUAUACAGGAGCGAGAUGCGAGCACUACAAAUGUUCACAGUACUGCAAAAACCACGGAGUAUGCUACGUGGACGUACUUGCUCUUAAAAACCCCGAUUCCAAAUCACCUCUGAGGUGCAAUUGUCCGCCCCAAUGGACCGGUGAACGAUGUGAAACGGCCGUGGAUCUUUGUGAUGGAAGAUGCCAUAAUAACGGAAUGUGCCUCAUAUUAGAGACUGGUAUACCUCACUGCACUUGUCCGCCUGGAUUUUCUGGAAAUCGCUGCCAGAACUGUGAAAAACUGAAUUGUCAUAAUGGCGGUGUCUGUAGGAUGGAAAACAGUAAAGAAAUUUGCGUAUGCCCCAUUGAAUAUAGAGGUCGUUCCUGUGAAAUAUCCGUCUGCGGCAAACACGGCCGCCCUACGGGCGACGGAUCCAAAUGCAUCUGCGCACCAGGCUAUACGGGUGAUGCUUGCGAUCGAAAUGUCUGCGAAAAUCACUGUUUGAACGGUGGCACUUGCCGCCAAGGAGUCAAACAACCCGAGUGCAUCUGCAACAAGUUCUAUGGAGGAAGAAGGUGCGAGUUGGAAUUGUGCUUGGGGCGGUAUCCGCCAAAAGGUUGCUCUGAACAGUGCAGCUGUAAGAACGGAGGAGUCUGCGUCAAACCCAAUGAGGAUAUUGAUGAAGUGGUUUGCCAGUGUCCCGAAAGCUUCUAUGGAUAUAAUUGCGAUAAAUAUUUAGUGGGACCCAAUCCUUGCGUGAACCGAUGUUUGAACGGUGGAAUCUGUGUCAUUACCAAUACAGAUCAACCUCCCGUCUGCCAUUGUACCAAGAAUUGGACAGGACCCGAUUGUGAUAGACCGGCAGCUUGUGAACAAUUUUGUGAAAAUUUCGGAACCUGCUCAGUUAGCGACGGAAUACCCUACUGCAGCUGUCCCACUGGCUUCUCGGGAGUAAAGUGUGAACUGGACAGUUACGGAAAGGUACCUCAAGUCAAAGGACACGGAAGUAUUGCAAUACCGAUCUUGGCAGCUCUAGCGGUGAUAAUCGCAGUAUUAGUAGCGGGUUUCCUGGUCUUUGAAUUUUACGUUAAGAAGCGGACGAUUUUCUCUCACGAAAGGCUGCAAGAGAACGAUUUCAGUAAUCCCAUCUUUCCAGAGAGAGAUGCAGAACCUUUUACGUUAGAAGCUGACAAAGCUGGUAACUUUGCCAAUCCAGUAUACGAAUCAGUGUACAACGGAGGUACGAGUAGUAGCGUUAGAGACGAAAAGGCCAUCCUCCUAGAACACACCGGAGAUGAAUCGACGAGGCCGCCAACGGAAGAACUGUAGGAAAAUUAUAUCGAGUUCAACAUAUCAAUGUGUAAAAAGUAAGUCGGUCAGCUCUGUCAAUUAUGCGUAGUGCACGUCAAAAAAGGUGAAAUGCAAAUGUAGUGACAUAAGAUCAUUGAUCAUCUGUAUUUAUCAUCAGAAUAGUAAUCAGAAUAGAGUCAAGGGCGUUUCUAAAAGAAACAAUAAAAUAAGAUUGUGAUAGGUAGUAUCGGGUAGUAAAUAACAAUCGGAGAAAGAGUUCGUUUUUGUUACGACAUUUAUGUUAACCUAAACAAACAAAACAAAAUGGAAAAUUAUUUCGUUAUUUAAAUAACGCUAAACGCGUACAUGCGUAACUGCAUAUACGACUUUCGAGACAUGGGGGUGUCUAACUCAACACGUCAGAAGUUCAGAAAGAUAAUAACCACGUUCAACACACGUAGUAGUUGGGUAGGAUAGGAAUCUAUCGAUUUCGUUCAACUCACUAAAUCUACGAGCUUCAGAACACGUUCAGCUCACCUGUUCCGAUGUGUAGAUAGGCAUUAUCCGUUAAACGCACCGAAAAUGACCCUUAAUGCAAGUAAGUAAGAAAUUUGAUUUAACCCGGACUGUGAGAAAUGUCCACCCUAUCGAAAAGCACAUUCGGGUGUAACAAUUCAUUAGAGCGAGGUGUAUUAACCUGACUAAAAACAGGAGUCACUCCACCUCGCUCCAAUGCUCCAGACCAUCCCUUUCCUCCAUAUAGCACGCUGAUGCGCGAUAGGGCAAAACUAUCAGCCAAAUGCUCUUCACAUGGGAAUCCUGGGUAAUAAGAUUCCAAUGUGGUGCCAUAAUCGGUUUUCAAAACUUAGGCCAGCGUGAAGCCCUCUAUGCCUUUAUCCUCUAAUGACUUGUCCGCGAAUUAAAAAUUGCUUGCUUGGGCACCAAGUCACUGUACCGAGCCAAACGAGGCUCGGCCCAGUGACUUGGUGCUCAAGUUUUUUGGGCCCUACUUGCCCGGAUUUUUUUGUUUUUUAUAUAUUUUUUUUGGGUGGUUUUCGCCGAUUUUUUAUUUUUUUGGUUGGCUUUCGCCGUUUUUUUUUUAUAUUUUUUUAUAUUUGUUGGUAGGCUGUCCUUAUUUAAGAUCGUGGUAUUGGACCUACACAUGGGAUGCAUGUUUCUUCGGCACUUGGUGAUUCGAGCUACGAACUAUCUACUUGUUUUAUCUUUACUUAUUUAUUCUUCUUUUAUCUCUAUUUACUUUAGUUUAUCUUCUUUGUCCACUUUAUUUUCUUAUUUAUUUCACUUUUCACUUGGUCCCUCUUUAUUUAUUCCACUUUGUUUUCUUUAUAUCUCUUUAUUUCUUUGUCUUUUUUACUUUAUUCCACUAUUUGUUGUUUAGGACGUUUGGGCUUCCAUCGGUGGAAAGCGAAUGCGAAGUUGGAUGCUCCAGCUCCGCGAAUUUUUCUCUUGCCUCGUCUGUCAUUAUCUCCAUGACUCUGACCUGCUGUAGCUCUCUGAAUAGGAUUCGUUCAGCGAUGUAUUUCGGGACUUUAACUGCUUCUCUUAGGCUGUUGUUGUGGGCCGCCUGUAUCUUCUUUUUGGUUGUGUUGCAUACGUGUCCCCAUGCGAGAGAUGCGUAUGUUAGUACCGGUAAUAUGAUGCUGUUUAUUAACCUUAUCUUCGUUUUUAACCUUAAUUUACUUUUCUUUCCUGUGAGUCCUCUUAGUAGAAUGACCCUUAAUGGAUUUAUGUUUGGCCUUUGAUACUGUCAGGGGUAAGAGAUAAGAGAAUAGUAUCGUCACAAAAUUAUUUUUUUGUGUUUAGAGUGAUCAAUUUCAGUCACCGUCAGUGGCGGUUCGUUAUAUUUGAAUUCAAGGGCGGCGGAUUUUUUCAUCCUAAUUGGAAUACUAAUGCGAUCCAAAUGACAGUCCCUAAACGACCCAUUAAGCUGCAACGCAUAAUAGAGAAUCAAUUUAAAAGCUUACUUUCCAACAUUUUUCGAUCAUACUAUCUAAAAAAUAUUAAAUCCUUUGGUACUGACUUCAUAUAUAGGUUAUUUCAUCACAGCGAAUCUGGUGUACAAUUUCUUCUUUACAGUAUUAGUCUAGGCGCGUGUCCUUUUCAAAUCUGAUGGACAAACUCAACGGUUUCUUAUGGAUUUUUUGCUGCUGAUUACGAAUUUCGAGGGUGGAUUUCGAUCCAAGUGGUCAAAAAAUUGUUAUAAACAAUUUAAUUCUUUAUAAGGCACUGCCUCAUAAACUAAAAGAGAUAGAAAAAAUUUUCAAAUAAAAUUUGUUCCUUAAUAAAAAACGAAGAAAAAAACGUUUACUAAACUUAAAUCCAACAAUUAGAACUCACGAUAUUGUAAAAUUAGUGCACAAUGCAAAUUGCAAAAUAAGUAUUUUUCGAAGUUUUAUCGAUCAUAACUCGGCUUCUAUGCAUGCAAAUGAACCUUAGAAGGUCUCAUUUUAAAGCUUAAUGAAUAGGCUUCCAAACAAAGUUUGUUAAAUUACUUUAUCUUCAUUUCUUUUAAAGUUAUAAACGUUUGAAGUUAUUAUUUUCUUGUUAUUAUUUUCUUUAAAAAAUUGUACAUUAAUUUGUUUAUAAGGAUUUCAAGCAAAUUUGAGCUAUAAACAUUUAUACUUUAAUUAACAAUAAUGAUAGAAGAACUCAGGAACAUUUUGAGCUUACGAAAAUGUUCGUAAGUUUAGUUUUGGCCAAGAUAUCGAUAUUUUAAUGGCGCGCUGUGAGGCGCAAGAGUAUUAUUGUUAAUUAAAGUAUAAAUGUUUAUAGCUCAAAUUAGCUUGAAACCCUUAAAAACAAAUUAAUGUACAAUUUUUUUAAGAAAAUUAUAACUUCAAACGGGUAUAACUUUAAAAUAAAUGAAGAUACAGUAAUUUAACGAACUUUGUUUGAAAGCCUAGUAAUUAAUCUUUAAAAUGAGACCUUCUAAGGCUCAUUUGCAUGCGUAGAAGCCGAGUUAUGAUCGAUAAAGUUUCGAAAAAUAUUUAUUUUCCAAUUUGCCAUUUGCAUUGUGCACUAAUCUUACAAUAUCUUGAGUUCUAAUUGUUGGAUUUAAGUUUAGUAAACGUUUUUUCUUCGUUUUUUAUUAAGGAACAAAUUUUAUUUGAAACAUUUUUUUAUCUCUUUCAGUUUAUGAGCCAGAGUGUUAUAAACAAUUAAAUUGUUUAUAACAAUUUUAUGACUACUUGGAUCGAAAUCCACCCUCGAAAAAAUACCGGAACUUCUGACCAUUACGUUGAGGCAAGGCGUGGAUUCAUUCACAAAUGUAUAUUUUGCACACGAGGAACUGUUUUUGUUUGCAGCAGGCUCAAAUAUACAUAUUUUUAUUCGUUUUUAUAUUUUUCUCUUGGUGUUCUUUCACAAAGUCGGGUUUAUCAAUGAGAUAUUACAUGAUUAAUUCGUCCGAAAAGCAAAAACUCAAUCAUAUCUAUGAUUUGCUCCCACAUUCAAGGUCACAAUGAUUAUCAUACUUCGUUAGGAAACCAAAUUAUUAAUUUUUCAAUAAAGAUGAAGUGAGAUAUAGCACGGCGCACCUUCUUUAUGUUACAUGUUAUACAGCACAUGUUAUUUAUGUACGUUAUUUAUGGAGUGGUGUGCAAAACGAGGUAGUUUCAUAUUAAGCAUUCAAUUUUGCAUUAAAUUGUUGAGGUUUAUUUUUGCUCAAUAAAAUCUAAGCAAGCUCAAAAAAUGUGCCAAGAACAAAUAAAGCCAAAGUAAUAUGAACGAAAUUCAUAUCAAUACUGUUAUUUGGAACUGUUAUAUUGGCAAUAAUUAUUAAUAAUUUCAUUACACUAUUUCUACUUUUUGACGUGCACACCGGAAGAAAGCUUUUACUAUUGUUAUAAAUUAAUUGCUGUGACUUGUGCCAUUUUUGGGCAAUCGUCGUAUUAAGGUCAUUUAAUUUCCAUAUUAUUAUUGUUGCCCAACAUAAUUUGAAUCUUUUUUUAACCCGAAAACAAUCGAAAAAUCAGCAAAAAUCAAACGCCGAAAGAAUCACGCAUGGAGAUUUUCCAAGUGUCAACUGUCAUUUGUCAACUGUCAUUUGCCAACUGUCAUUUGUGGACUUUCGUUAAAUAGUCUUUGCUCAAUGGCUUGUUUAAUUUCAGUGAUCAGUGGUUGCAUACAAUUCAAUUAUACAAAUCAAUGAUUAGUAAUUAAGGAGUUAGAAAUUAUGAAAAGUAUAAAAACUAGAAAACUGGAAUAUUUGGGUCACAUUACCAGAGGAGAAAAAUAUGAGUUGCUGAGAAUUAUUAUGCAAGGAAGGAUCCAAGGAAGAAGAGGCAUAGGAAGAAGACGCAUCUCCUGGCUGAGGAACCUUAGAGAAUGGUUUAACUGUAGUUCAUUACAACUAUUCAGAGCAGCAGCCAACAAAGUGACCAUAGCCAUUAUGAUAUCCAACCUCCGAUAGGAGAGGGAACUUUAAGAAGAAGAAGAUUAGUAUAAAUCUUGUCUGUUGAUUCUUUAUGUAUGUUUUUGCUGAUUUUUCGUUUGUUCGAACUAACAAAACUCAUACGUCCUUGUAAAUAAAGUGACUGAUAUUAAAUCGAUUAUAUUUUUUACUAAUCUUUGCAAAAUAAGUUUUUUGUAUUAUGAUGGUUGUGUAUGUAUAUGUUGUAAUUUUAAGGUUAAGUGAAAAAUAUUUCGUAAUCUACCGUACCUAUUAGUGUUAGUGAGAAGCUGAAAUGCUUUUCAGAGGCGUUUGCCUCGUUUUUAUAUACAGAACGUCCAAAUAUCUGCGUAUGAAAGGCGACCACGUUGACACAUCGUAUUCUAUUCACAGCAGCUUCAUCACAUUGACCCGUCUUAUUGGGUUUGUUCCAACAAGCAGCCAAACCAGUCGGAAACUAUCAGCGAAUAGUCGACCAGCCGAGUAGAGGAAACGAGGGGAUAACACUGAUGAUUUUAUUAAUGUUCUCUCACUGACCAACUAUUUGCUGACGAAUUCUGACUAGUUUGACUGUUACUUGGAACAGACCUAUUAUAUCCACUUCCUACGAUUGGCCAACCAAGAUAUACGUCUACGUCCCUGGCCUCUCUUGCCCUCAAUCUUGCCUUGUAGAAUCAACUGUCUAAGUCGGUAUUUACUAUUACGCGUAAUGUGGCCGAAUUGCCAAUUUUCUGUUCUUUACGGUGUUAAUAAUUUCUUUGUUUUUUCUUCGCCUCUGAAGAAUAGUUAUGUUAGUUGUGUGGUGUAUAUAUGAGACCCUUAACAUACGUCGGUAACAUCACAUUUCAAAUGCCUCUAAUCGUUUCAUGGCAUCUUUUGCUGAUUGCGGCACAUUUGUUGUCACGGCACAUAACGACACUCAUUUUGACAGAUAAAGUACAGCUAUUAAUAUUAUUAUAUUAGAGAUGAAAUUCCAUUGUUCGUUUAUUGUAUGCAACACUUGGAUACUAUUAUUAUUAUUGUUAUUAAUUAAACUUAAUUCAAAGAAACGAAGAACUUUUCGACAAAAGAAAACCAAUGGAUCUGUUUAAUCCGUCACUAGAAACACAAAAUACGGCCGAGAAUUUACACUCUACGACGACAGCAGCCACUUAAGCCUACUUCGGCUCUGGAACAAAAACUGAACUGAACUAAAUACAAACAACUAUCUCCAUUGAACUAUUAUCAACAAUUUUCUCCAUCAGCAAGGCAAAGAGCCUGCUGACGGAAAAGCACCAGCUUUUUACUCUAAACUACCAGAACUGAUCUCGAAUAUCUUAGAACUCUCUCACAACCCCAAAACUCAUUACAUCUCCCCAUUUUUCUAUCCUACUCAACCAUGUCCGGUUUUACCAAUCAAAAAAUUAGUCAAUUUCCACUCUUCAUUUCAAAACGAAUAGAAAAGAUUUAAGCAAAUUUCAACCACGCCUUCAAAGGCAGUAACUCUUUCUCUCGCAAAUAGGACUAAACCAAACGAAAUCCUGAUAACCAUAUCUCAGCUAAAUACCUUCUGAUUUAGUUUUCGCUGUUUUUCUGUUUUUCUCUGAUUUAGCUUUUCGCACAGUUGGCCCACUAGAUACCAACAAAUAUAUUAUAUAAACAACACAGAGUCACUUAAUCUCUAUAAGAUAAACAUUUUCCAGUUUCACAGUCGCCAAAAAUACAUUAGUAAAAUAUUUACGUGUCCCGAUUUUUUGGCGGUACGAAACAUAUUGAGGUCCCUCAGAUAAAAGAGAUAUGAAUAUCCAUGAGAACACAAGAUCAAUUUAACAUUGUGAGAAACGAAUUACGUAAUACACUGAAACACAAACAUGAUUUUAAGUAUACAGGGUGAAGAAAAAAUAAUAAUGACUUUCGGACCGUUACAAAGGAGUACACUAAAGAUGUAACAUCUAAGAAUUCUUCUGCGUAUAUUGAUACUUAAAGAUAAGGUAAAAAAGCUUCUGACUUUUUCAAUAUGAGUUUUUAUUUCGAAGCUAUGGUCCCAAGUGUCCUUAAUAUUGCAGCCCAAAUAGCAUAUUUUCUCCACUCUUUCUAAAGGUGUAUUGCUUGUUGUAAUUUGAGCGUUUAUGUUGGUGUUUUUACUAAUGAUCAUUAUUUUUGUCUUCUUGCAAUUUAGUUUUAGGCCUUAUUUGUUACAUGUUUCUACAACAUUAUCCAUCAUUCUUUAGAGCCCCUGCGCAUUAUCUGCUAGCAAUACUGUAUCGUCUGCAUAUCUAAUAUUAUUUAUAAGUUGGCCAUUUACUGCAAUACCAGAGAACAACGACCACACCAUAUGCAUGACUGGCAAUACCAUCUUCUAAUUCACCCAAGGGUUCUCUUAAGAUGUUUUCAGAGUACCUAUAUGUUAAAUAAUGCUGGUGACAGUAUGCAAUCCUGUCUAACUCCUUUUCCGACUAUAAAGAUCUCUGACAGUUCAUUUUUGAAUCGCACUGUUGCUUUUUGUUGGAGAUAGAAGUUUGAGAUCAAUCUUAUAUCCUUACCAUCGAGUACUGAUGUUUUUAGGAUAUCGAUUAGUUUCCCAUGUGCUACUUUGUCAAAUGCCUUCUUGAAAUCAAUUAAGCAUGCAUACACAUCGCAGUUAACAUCCUUGGCUGUCUGUAUUAGAACUUGCAAACUGAAAAGUACUUCCCUCGUUCAAAGUCCUGUUCUGAAUCCACUUUUUCUAAUUUGGUAUUCUUUUUCUCAUAGGCAUCUUUCAGUGCGUCACAGUUUUUCGAUUUCUUUCGAACGCAUUAAAUUGUAUGUGACAGAAAAAAAGGCACGUCCGUGAUUAAAAUCAUUUAUAACAUUUAUUCUAGUUGUCGAUAGAUGGCGCUAUAAUCGAAAAAAAAUUAUUUGCGAAUUAUAUAAUAUAUCUACGAAUAUAAUCUGUACAAUUUAUAAGACUAUACAAAUGUGUGUGUACUUUGUACGCACGCAAGAAGUUAUACCUCUAUUAUAAUAUAACCUAACUUCAUAUUAUGAUUUCAACGAAAUCCAUAUACCUAUCUCCUUUAAACAGUUUUUUUGUAUUGUAUUUAAAUAUUAAACCAAUUUUAGAAAGAACAAAAUGAACCAUUCACGUAGAUUUCGAGGCCACCACAUCUCGAAUGCUUCGAUGUUUUUUAUGGUCAACUGUUUUAGUGUCCAAGCUCAACUCCAUAUAACGAAAAAGACAUACGUGGUGGAAAAGACAUAACACCGCAGCAUUCGUAUUCGUAACUUUAUGUUGAUAUCACGAUUGCAAAAGAGUUUGCGCAUUCUAUAAAAGACUGAUCUAGCAAUUUCUAUUCUGCAUUUAAUCUCUUUUGUUUGAUCAGUAUCGUCUGUGAUCCAAGCACCUAGAUAUUUAUAACAGGACACACGCUCAAUUAUUGUAUUGUCUAUUACAAGAUUAGCUCUGAUGUUCUUUGAUUUCGCGAUUUCCAUAAAUUUAGUUUUUUUCGAAUUAAUUAAUUAAUUGUAAGGUAUAUUAAGUAUACAGAUACACUAAUACAUUUUACAUCGCAACAUUACCUUAUUCGCAGGCCUUGAAAUAAUAAUUGACAUAUGUCAACGAUAUGACUUUGACACAUGACAUGUGACACAAUUUACUCUGAUUAAGAAAGCAUACAGAUAAUUUGGACGUUCUGUACAAUUUGUACGAAUUACUUUUCACUAAAAAAUCGGGCAGCUAUAUGGUUGUUAAUAAUGAUUAUAUGCUCAAUUACAGUACUCAAAUAGUUUUUCGAAUUUUUGUUAUUGGCUCUCUUUGACUAUUUUCGAGAUGUGAAAUAUAAUACGUAAAUAAGAGGUGCUGCAUUAUUGUGUAGCGACAGAAGUCGAAAACAAGAGAAAAAAAUAUCAAAUGGUACAAUAUUUAGAAUGUAAUGUUUUAUAUUACUGAUCCGUUCGAGUCGGUUUUGUGUAUGUAUAAAUUUUAAAUAUAUAUGUGACAAAUGA